AUGCCACAGCUCACGGACAGCCGCUGCCCACGGGUCCUCUGGGAGCCCCUGUCGCCAUGCCACAGCUCACGGACAGCCGCUGCCCACGGGUCCUCUGGGAGCCCCUGUCGCCAUGCCACAGCUCACGGACAGCCGCUGCCCACGGGUCCUCUGGGAGCCCCUGUCGCCAUGCCACAGCUCACGGACAGCCGCUGCCCACGGGUCCUCUGGGAGCCCCUGUCGCCAUGCCACAGCUCACGGACAGCCGCUGCCCACGGGUCCUCUGGGAGCCCCUGUCGCCAUGCCACAGCUCACGGACAGCCGCUGCCCACGGGUCCUCUGGGAGCCCCUGUCGCCAUGCCACAGCUCACGGACAGCCGCUGCCCACGGGUCCUCUGGGAGCCCCUGUCGCCAUGCCACAGCUCACGGACAGCCGCUGCCCACGGGUCCUCUGGGAGCCCCUGUCGCCAUGCCACAGCUCACGGACAGCCGCUGCCCACGGGUCCUCUGGGAGCCCCUGUCGCCAUGCCACAGCUCACGGACAGCCGCUGCCCACGGGUCCUCUGGGAGCCCCUGCUGGGACCUGGAGGCCUGCAAUUGAGUCGCCCUGGAGAAGGGGAGGGGCUGGCCGCAGACCCCGGAGAGGAGGGAGGGGCUCCACCUGGUCUGGGAGCCAGCAGCUCCGCCCGCUGCCUGGAGUUGGGGUUGCUCUGCCUGCCCUCGGCCCAGGGCGGCCUGCACUUCGACGACCGCUUCUCAGACGAGCAGCUGGUGUCCAUGUCGGUGCGCGAGCUGAACCGGCAGCUGCGCGGCGUCAGCAAGGAGGAGGUGAUCCGGCUGAAGCAGAAGCGGCGCACGCUCAAGAACCGCGGCUACGCGCAGUCCUGCCGCUUCAAGCGCGUGCAGCAGCGGCACAUCCUGGAGAGCGAGAAGUGCCAGCUGCAGGGCCAGGUGGAGCAGCUGAAGCUGGAGGUGGGGCGCCUGGCCAAGGAGCGGGGAGAUGCAGGCCCAGGGGCCGGGGCUGCACCCAGUCCUGCUGCCUGUGGAGGGGGGAGGGGGGCUCGGACCCGGCCGCGCGUUCUCUAUGCACCAGAUGGUACUGUGACUCGGCGAGAUGCAUCUUAUUUAACCUUCAAGAGGAAUGAAAGAAAAACGUGUGGCCGCGUUUCUAGCAGAAAAACCACUUUAAGCGGAGGUUUUGGCCUGAACCUCCUGGCAUGGGGGUGGGUGGAAAAAAGUGUCUCUAUUUUCAUUUAAAUUGUUUCGUUUUG